AGAAAAAUUAUCAGUUUUUAAAUAUAGAUUUUCUUGUAUUUUUUUUUUUUGCAAAAUCAUCUAUCAAAUCAGUUAUUUUCUUUUUUUUGUUGUUGUCACAAUUUUUUUUUCUUUUUUUUUUUGCUUUUUAAUCCACUCAUAUUUAAUAACACAGAAUAUAUAAAUUUUAGUUGUUUUUGUAUUAUAGUGAUGUCCCACAAUGUUUUUUUCUUAUCGCUUAUAUACACAUAACAAAUUAUCAAAUUGAUAUAAUUAUAAGUAAUGAAAUUGAAGAAAAUAGAUCCUAAAAUUUUGACAAAAAUAAUAGACCCUAUACGUUUGUAUCGUACGUUUUGGGUCAAGCCCGGGCAUGUAUAUGCCAAACCGGCCUUCAACACCAUAUAAUAAUAAAAAAUCAAAAAUUAUUUCUGAGAUGAUAAUUACAUUAGUUUUGAUUUGGUGUCGAUAUUUAAACGGGUCGUUUCUGAUAUAAAAUAAUAUUUUUUUGUCAUGAUAUAAAUUUUUCUUUUUUUUUGUUCAAAUCAUGAUAUAAAAUAAGAUGUAACUAUUAAAGGAAAGACGACGUGCCAAAAAGUAAAUCAGAUUCACAUCCAUGAUAGAAACUCAUUAGUUUUGAAAGAGAAUUAAAUAUUAAUACAUGUACUAAAAAUAAUAACUAAUUCAAAACAUCAAAAUCAGUGGUUUGUUUAUUAAAAUAAAAUAUUAUGAAUCGACCUUUACCAUUUAAAAAAGGAAUAAUAAUGGAAGAGGGAGAGAGGUUAUUGAAUGGGCCCAAGUCCAAGGCGAAGCACAAUGGGCCCACCUUUCCUGAAGACAAGAAAUCAGGGUGAGCGUGAGGUGCACGCGUCAUCACGACCAGACGUGAGAGGGUUAUACUUAUCUGUAAAAUGUCAACUUGAAGAAACAAAAGUUUUUGGAAUCAUGCUCAAGCUGCUUUUCUACGUCAUACGUCUUUUUCCCACCGUAUGUGUGUUGCGUAUAAAUAUAUUUAUAUUUGCAUCCUUCGUUAUCUCGUACCCAACACCAGAUAAGGAGAAGCAUGCAACGCAUGUAUUGUAUAUAAAUUUUAUAAAGGAAGGCAUAUAUUAUAUGAUAAAAUCAUAUACAAAACUUCUCAAUGUUGGUAUAUGGUAGUUAAACCCAAAAAGAACUAUGGUUACGCACUUACGCUACAAAUAAUAUAUGUUUGAUUUCGGUUAAAGAUACGAAUGGUUCCCUAGCUUAUAUGCGGCUACAUGCCACUCUUUCGACACACGAUUAAUUAAAAAAGUGUAUAUGUGAAGAAAUGUAUCCCACGAACUCUAACGAUCAACUUAAUUAUUUAUAAGCAUUUUUGUGAAAAUAUACAAACAUAUCAAUAUGUUACUCCGAAUAUACUUAUAAGUUAUAACUGCUUAUAUUUAUCAAAAUCUGAAAAGAGAGCAUUUCAAAGCGAGUUAUGGUUGAAUAGAGUAUAUAAUUACUAUUUUGGUGACAUAUUCUUUCAAUAGCAUGCAUUUAUUAGUUGUUUUGAACUUGGUUGAUGAUGAUACAUCGGCAGCACUAGCACAUCUCCGACUGCAACUUUUGUCAUAAAUUUUGAAGAACACAUGAGAAUUGAGAACUUUGUAGUUCGUUGCCUGAUUUGGUUUUUAGUUGAGGUAGGUCUUUAACUCUAUGACGAAAUAUUUGUCGAUCUAAGACCAUGAUUAACCCAUGGUUCUUAAUCUCUUAGAGUGGAGUUCUUAGCGGAAGUUAAGACGCUGUUUUUUAACUUUUAACUAAAAAAAUUAAGAACCGAACCGGUUCUUAAAGUCCUUAUUUAAGAACCGAUUUUUAGUUUUUUUUAGUUAAAAGUUUAGAAACAGUUUAUUAAUUUAUGCUAAAAACUCUAUCCUAAGAACUCCGGGUUAAUCAUGCUCUUAGCUUUUGUGUAUCGAUUUGGGCCCAUUAUCUAAUGAUAUAUCUAUUAUAUUACUCUAUUAAAAUUGAAGUACAAAAUAAUAUUUGUUCUCUAAAAUUCCUUCUAGUCCAAUAGUUUGAUAAAAGUUCAUUAAUGUUUCUAAACCAACAUAUCAAUGUUUCAAUUCCUGAAGAAAAUGAUUUAUUAAAGAAUUAUUCAGGCUAAGGAAAAAAGAGUUACAAGAGAUCUUUAACAUGAUGCAAAUAAAUCUGGUCAGCCGUAGAUCUUCGUAGAACAGCUCUGGUGAUGCAGUUAGAAGUAUAUCUCCAUAAAGCAUGUAGUAUUGUUGCUCUUCGAAUCAUCUAUGUAAUAUUUCUCAUAAUUGUAAUAUCCUAAUAAAUCAACGUUAAAAAAAUAAUAUUUGCCUAUUUUUAAAUAGUUUCUUACAGAUUUUCAUUACUUCUUUAACUAAUUGUAACCACUCCAUUUAUUGUAUUUUCUAAUUAAUUCGACAUCAUUUAUUACAAAUUAUAAACAUAAUUUACCUAUUUUAAAUUAUUUUAUUACAUCUUCUUUUUUCACUCUUCAUAACUACUUCAUUAAUUGUAUUUAUUAUAAUAACUCGAUAUUAUUUAUUUUACGUGUUAACUAUAAUAAUUUUACAGAUUUGAAUGAAAUGGCUUUAUUCGUAACAAAAAUUCAAAUCAGUUAACAAAUUUUUUUUGUUUGUUUAAAACAUCAGUUAGACAUAGAUAUCCAAGUAUCCAUUCAAAUAUGAAUCAUUUUUGGAACCAUGAUUUUUUGAGUUUUAAAAACUAAACUCCAUUCGGAUAUUACAAAUUUUCGGACAGGGUUCGAACCGAUCCUUCUGGAUCCGGAUGAGGUUAAAUAUUCAAAUAACUAUAUUGUUUAAAAAUGUCAUUAAUCUAUUUAUUAAAAAGAAGCAAAAUUUGCGCGAACGCACAGAUCAAACUCUAGUUUUAUUUAUUUGAUAUGUAAACUAUUUAUUAUUUUCACUUCAUAAUAGUGAUUUUGUCUAGUUUUCAUGUAUGAUAUGUAAUAUGAGUUUUGAAUACAUUGAAAUUCUUGAUCAUGUACAUAAUUAUAUGGUAGUAUCUUGCAUAAGCCUUGUAAAAUACUUAGAUAUACUAAACACUAUUCAACGUUCGUUUAAUGCUUUUUUCAACACUACUAAAUAGUAAAAUAAUGCUCUAUUUACCAAAAAUGAAAAAGUUGAACAUUUCCAAUAUAACUUUCUUCAGUUAGGCCUUUUCAGAAUUGAUUUAACCAAACAUAUUAGUCAUCAUAAAAGUAUUUACAUGUUGCCGUGAAACAUAAAAUUUAAUCCCAGUUAUAAAAGCAUUAUUUAUGUUCUAGAAAUUCUUUACUUAUUCCAAACUAGUUAUUUUUCUACCAAAUUUGAAUCGGCCAGUUGCCACAACAGGCUUAACAUAGAAUAUUCUCCGAUUUUUCAACUAUAUACUCUUCAAUUUAAUGAAGGGGAAUUGAGAGAGAACAUGAGCAAGGAAAUGGGACGAGUGGAUGUCAUGUAGAUUGAUGCCGGAAGGUUUCAACGAUGAGCUACAUGGAAGUUGAGCAGGCCCAUCUUUCGUUAUGUAUAUUUGUUUUAAAUUAGUUUAAUUCCUAUUCUGGUCUGGCUAAUUAGUUUAACAGUUAACACAUAACACCUAAGUCGUACAUGUCCAUGACGUGGGGACAAUUAUCUUACUGACAUUGAAACGGUCCAACGCCAAAUAGAGAGACAACAGAAACAAAACACACUUGGUGUCCUUUGUAUUAAUAGAAACGGCUCAAACAAAAGUCAACGGUUCUCCAUAACGACAGGAAUCGUUUUAUAAUGUUAUUUUAGCUUUCUUUUUUUUGUGAUUUUAAUUUGUUAAGAGAUUGAUGGCCUCCACCAUCAUCACCACCCAAGAUAUUGCCGAGAUUUAAGCUCUGUUUUACAAACACACAAGUAACCAAAUCUCAUUUUAAAGAAACCCUAGUUUCUUUCCAAGGAGAUUCGUUUCCUUGAUACACACGUUUCCUUCCAAAAUUAUAUUUCUUUGUUCUUCUUCCCUUUGAUUCAUAUUUCUUGAGGUUAUGGCAACGACGUCAAACAUGGCAAAAGCAAAGGCGGACAACAAUAACCUAUCCAGAACAAAAUCUAUCGGUCGAAAACCAAAGCAACCUUCAUCGGUGUCAUCAGAAGAUGGAUCUGAUCAGAAACCUGAGAAGCCUUUGCCAAACUAUCUGAAACCAACAAUCAGUUCAAGACCUGACCCAGUCAAGUUCUUGAAGAAGAAUGAUCAGGAUAACCAGAAGCUUCUCCGUAGAAGAUCUUUUGAUCGACCUCCAUCUUCUUUGCCUUCAGCUUCUACUCCUUCACCACGUGUCCAAAAAACCCUCAACGCCUCUCCUUCUCUGCCACGAGACAAACCCGCGGUUCCUAAAGAGAAGCCUGCCACAGCUCUAAGGUCUUCGUCUUUCCAUGGAAGCAGAGGUGUUCCAAGAGGAAGCAGUUCUGUGAAAUCGCCUCAUGUUGCUCCGAAGAAGAGCGGGUUGGGGAGUAGUAGCACUUCUUUGAAGAGCAAAAAGGAAGGUCCUGAACAUGUUGCUGAAAAGAAAGCACCUGAGAAAGAGAUUGCCUUGGAUACUGCUUCGCUGUCAUCUGCUCAGGAAGAUGAAGAGGAGAUUCUCAAGGUUGAGAGUGAUGCACAAGUUGCUGAGGAUGUAGAAGAACCCAAAGAAGAAAAGGAAAAUAAGGAGGUACAUGUAGAGGUUGUGCAUGUGGAUACUUCUGGUGAAGAGAAUGAGAGUAGUGGAUCAACAUUGGUUGUUCCUGUUGUGGAAGACAUUGUUGUUGUUGUUGCCAAAGAAAAUGAAAGAGAAGAAGAAGAAAAGGAAGAAAGAGUGAUCAAUGAACAUAUCUCAGAAGAGAAAAUAGAGGAACAGAAAGAACAAGAGGACAAGGGUGAACUCACUGGAGAGGUUACAUCAAAGAUUGAUGAGGAUGAGACUUCAGAGAAGGUCGAUGCUGACACGGAUACAAAAGAAGUUGAGAAUGCCGAAGAAGUUGAAAGCGUGGAAGAGACUAGGGAAGAAAAAGAAGAAGUGAAAGAAGAAAAGGAAGUGAAGAGAGAGGAGAAGGAAAAGGAGAAAGUUAAAGAACAAGAAUCAGGAGAAGCAAAGAAGAAGGAAGUAGUGAAAGGUAAGAAGGAAUCUCCAUCAGCUUACAACGAUGUAAUAGCAAGUAAGAUGCAAGAGAACCCAAGGAAGAACAAAGUGUUGGCUCUUGCUGGGGCUUUUCAAACCGUUAUUGACUAUGAAACUGCCGCAUCUAAGUGAUAUAUGUCCCAAAAAGACACAACAACAACAACAACAACAACAAAAUGUCAUCUCUUUAGCUUUGAAUUGUAUUCUUCUUUCUGUCUAAUUAUCAUUUGCCAUUGUUAUAAUUUUUGUGUCGUGGAUUGUAUGCUUUUCGAGUGAACUAAGUUAUACACACCUAAUCUUAUGUUUGAACGUAUUGGAUGCAUUUGUGUAUAUAUGCAAUGGCUUGAAGACUAGCUAGCUACUUUUAACUCCAUAACUUUGACAAACCAUAACUUUGUUUUCGCCUUAGCAAAAUUUUAAAUCAACAUAUACCACUGUACAGAUUUGAAGUUUGAUAAGAAUACAACAGUGAUAUAACACGAAUCAUGCGAUACUUGUUAUGGUCAAGUGAGUCAUGUUAUCAAACUCUAAAAAAAAUUUCCAAGUUAAAAAUGACUUAUGAACAAAAAUACAAAUAAAAGCUCCUCUUGUACUAUAGGAAACUUAAUUUGUUAGGAAUCUUAAGAUCGAACAAGUUAAAUAACCUAAGUGCUACUCAACCUACUAUCACAUUUUACCUAGAUCAAUUUACAACUUAAGGGUACAAGUGGCUGGUGCCUUUCCAGUGAGGAAGUGUCCCACACACAUGAGAGUUCCUAUCAUCUUUGACAUUUUAUAAUAACAAAACAAGCACAAGUGGCAGGACACAAAUUUAGUGAGACUGAGUUACACGUGUUCAUUUAAGUCCAUAGCCUCUUCUUCGUUUACUCCCAACAGUUGUCGGAAUGAGCUGAGAUCAUCAAACAAGCAAUCGCUCUUGUGGCAAAAAAACAAAGUAAGAACAAAAAGAAGAGGGCUCACGUCUUCCGCAACUACAUUUAUUUCCCCAAGCCCUCAUCAAUUAAAAAAUUAUAAGAAAGUUCUGAUAUUUUUAUUUAAUAUCUUAAUUCUUAAAAUAAUAUUUUGACAGUAUUUAGACAAUAAUAAAUUCAAAAUUAUAUCAAAAUUUUCAUUUAUAUGUUUUAAUCCUUUUUAAAUGUCUGAAAUAUUCGGAAACAAGAGAACCAAACCUUCCAAAAGAAUCUGAUAAAAUGGAAACAUUUUUUUUUGUAGAAACAUUCAUUGGUUAUUUAAAAAAUAUAUACAUAUUUUGCAAUAUAUAAUCUCAAAACAAGUAUUCUUCCAAAAUAUUUGAUUGUGUUUUGAUAUGAUUGCGGUUCUAAAAAUUUCCUCUCUAGUUGGUUCUUAGAGAAAGUUUAAUAGUAUGUGUUACUUUGGUGUUACGUCAGGCUAGUUAUAAAGGAAAUAAAUGUUACGGGGUAUUCAGAGCAUCUUUAAUGUAUAAUUUUAUUUUUUCCUUCAAAAUGGAGUAAAAGUAAAAAUAAAGUAAAAUUGCUCUAAUCCUAUUCUAUUUUCCACUCUAUAAUAGAGUGAUGAACAAACAAAAAAUAGAUUACUAUAUUUAUGGAGUAAAUUUCAUUAUAAAGUGAGAUAUAGAAUUAGGUUAAAGCAUUCUUUACUCCAUAUUUACUUUUACUCUAUUUAAAAAAAAAAAUGGAGUAGGGAUGGAGAUGUUCUCAGCAUCGAAGAUAUCAACUAUUGUAGCUAGGUCACUGAAAAGGAACUCAGAAGUUCAAACAUCAACAACCGAAAAGAGACUAAUUAACCUACUUUAAUCUCCAUCCCCAAAAGUUAUAGGCCUAGAACCAAAACAUAUUUGGUUUAACAAAGUGUGUGAUUAAUAAAAAAAUGAGGUAUUGAAAUCGAAUCCUUCUGCAGUUCUCACUUCUCACCCCCACCACUCACCACAUGUAUGCUCAUUUUUCUAGAAAAAAUAUUCACAAAAUAUUUGACGAUGUCUUUGUCAACUAUUGACUCGUCCUUUUUCAAAAUAAAAUAGAGAAUCGAUAAUGUGGAGACUGAAAGGACAACAAACAGAUAAGCAAUUAAAGAAUCAAACACUAACGUGGUUGAUUACUUUUCUCCCGUCGACAUAAUACUAUAUAAUUAACUCCCCGAAUUAAAUAAAGAAACAUUAAUUCGCGCGACGAAAA